CUUUCUCUUUUGGGUCUAAUUGUCAUUCCUCUUAUCGCUGGAACUUUCUUGGUUUAUGUUGGCAACUGAACGUCUCUCAAAUGUCAAAACUGUCAGAGUUUUUGUGGCAGAAAAUAAAGAAUUGAAAGCUUAUAAAAAUAAAAUUUCUGAUAUUUGGGAAAUUUCAAGAAAAGAAGGAUGUGCUACUGCUAUUAUUGUUGGAGGUUAUUACAUUCUUGGAUAUGGCUUCCUUUCUUCUCUUCUCUAUAAUGGAAGUCAGUUAAUAAGUUGUGGCCUUCUCACUUAUGGCGAUUUAUCUUCAUUUGUUAUUUAUGCAAUUCUCUGUUCUGCAAACAUUUCAAACAUUCGAACUUUUUAUUCCGAACUUAUGCGUGGAUUGGGUGCGUCUUCACGUCUUUUUGAAUUGAGAGAUACAAAACCAAAAAUUCCUUUGAGUGGAGGUGUCUGUUUAACCGAUUUGAAGGAAGGAAUACGUUUUGAAAGUGUUGCAUUUUCAUAUCCUGAUCGUGACCCAAUUUUUAAUGAUAUAACUUUUAAAAUUCCUGUGGGUUCUACAACAGCAAUUGUUGGAUCUUCGGGCUGUGGAAAAUCAACAAUAGCACAUUUAUUGUUAAGGCUAUAUUCCCCAACUCAAGGACGUAUUUUAAUUGAUGGACAAGAUAUGAAAAAUAUAGACCCUUCAGAGUGGCGAAAAAUGUGUGGAGUAGUAAGUCAAGAGCCUGUCCUUUUCUCAGCUACAAUAAAAGAAAAUAUUUUGUAUGGAGUUCCAGAAGGUGUAGAAAUUGGGGAUGAAGAGAUUGAAAAAGCUGCCAAACUUUCAAACUCUUUAGAAUUUAUUCGUUCAUUUCCUCAAGGAUUUGAUACAAUGGUUGGGGAACAUGGAUCGUCUAUGUUAAGUGGAGGUCAAAGACAACGAAUUGCUUUAGCCCGGGCAUUAAUUAUGAAACCUCGUUUUAUAAUAUUGGAUGAAGCAACAAGUGCUUUAGAUGCGACAAGUGAAUAUUUGGUUCGAAAAUCAUUAGAAGUAUUAUCAAAAAGUGGACAAACAAUUUUAAUAAUUGCCCAUCGUUUAUCAACAAUUAAACAUGCAGAACAAAUUGUUGUAUUAGAUAAAGGAAGUGUUGCAGAAAUGGGUUGUUUUGAUGAUUUAAUGAAUAUAAAAGAUGGAAUAUUUCAAAAAUUGGUAGAAAAACAAACUUUGGAUUGGAAAUUUGAUAGGUUUUAAUGGAGGAGGUUUUUUUUGAAAAUUUUUUUGAAAAAAUUUUUUUGGAAAUUCCAAGUGUUG